AUGGACGAAGAAAACCUAAGAGAGCCUUUGUGCUUAAGAGGUGACGUGAACACAAUGGGAGACCCCAAAGUCGAAUCCCCGACUUCAAAAGCAGUGGUUAAUCAUAGAGAUAUGGACACGGUGAUAGAGGUCCGAAGACCCGUCUACCAUACAAAAGAAUUUCGUGAUAAAUUCAGGAAGCCAGAGCCACCUGAACGAAGCUGCAAGGAAUUAUUACGCAGCCACUUGUCAAGCUUGUGCACCUGCUCAAAAGACAGGUGCAAGAAGAUACUUGUUGACACAUUUCCAUUUUUGGGUAUUAUGCGAAAGUACAAGGUGAAGACCGACUUACCAAAUGACCUCAUAGCUGGACUUACAGUUGGCAUCAUGCAACUUCCUCAAAGUAUGGCCUAUGCUCUUCUGGCUGACCUUCCUCCAAUUGUUGGUCUUUAUGUGUCAUUUUUUCCUUUACUGACUUACUUUUUCUUUGGUACAUCUCGACACGCUGCAAUGGGUACUGUGGCUGUGGUCAGUUUAAUGGUUGGUUCAGUGGUGUCAACACUUGAAGCGGAACCAACACAAAUGUCAUCAUUAAACACAACUCUGGGUGCUGGCAAUGAUUCCUUAUUGAGCAACACAGAAAGUGUGCUUCAUGAUGAUUUAGUGGCCAGAAAAAUAAAGCUGGCAGGUGCAAUAACGUUCAUGGCUGGAGUUGUACAGAUUAUCCUUGGCUAUUGCAAGCUGGGUGUGGUCACAACUUACAUGUCCGAUAGUCUUGUUAGUGGAUUUACCACUGGGGCUGCAGUUCAUGUGUUUACAAGUCAAGUAAAAUAUGUCUUUGGGCUCAAAAUAAAAAGAUUCAGUGGAAUGUUUCAACUUGCCUUGACCUAUGUGGAAAUUUUUAAGAAUAUACAGAAGACAAAUCUUGCUGAAAUGACCAUUUCCUUCAUCUGUAUGAUAAUCAUCUACUUGGUUAAAGUUCAAGUAAACCAGCGUUUCAAAGACAAAUUGAAGAUCCCUAUACCAAUUGAACUUUUUGUGGUCAUUGCUGGUACUCUUACAUCUCAUUAUGAAAACUUCCAUGAACGUUACAAGAUCCGAAUUGUUGGAGAAAUACCUGCUGGUCUUCCUUCUCCAACUGUUCCUGCACUUGACGAAGGCAAAUCUUUCAUCGCUGAUGCAAUCAUUAUUGGUAUCAUUGCUUUUGCCCAAUCUGUAUCAUUGGCAACGUUGAUGGCCAAGAAACACAAUUAUGAUAUUGAUGCAAAUAAGGAACUUAAAGCUUAUGGCAUUGGCAAUGUUUUUGGAUCCUUCUUCUCUUGUUAUCCAUUUGCUGCUUCUGUUUCCAGAACAUCAGUCCAAGAUUCCGCUGGCGGUCGAACUCAGGUGACCAACAUUUUCUCUUGCAUUCUUGUUUUGGUUGUGAUUUUGGUUAUUGGACCCCUUUUUGAGGAUCUGCCAAAUUGCAUUUUGUCAGCUAUCAUCAUGGUAGCUCUCCGGAGUAUGCUUCUGCAAGUUCUUGAGUUAAAGAGACUAUGGAGAAUAUCAAAAUAUGAUUUUUCAAUCUGGUUGGUCACUUUUUUGUGUGUGGUCAUUCUUCAUGUUGAUUAUGGUCUUGGCAUUGGAAUCGUCUUCUCAGCAUUCACAGUUGUGAUCCGAUCCCAAAGGACAAACAUGAAAUUAUUUGGAAGAAUCGAAGACAGCAAUAUUUACAGAAAUGAAAAUGCAUACGCCAAGUCUGUCCAGCAAGCUGAUGUUAAAAUUGUUUACUACAAUUCGCCCGUUUAUUUUGCAAAUGCUGAAAUAUUUGUACGGCAAGUACACAAGACAUCUGGAGUAAGACCUGAGAAAGUUCUCAAGAAGAUGAAAACAAUAGAGAAAGAACGUUCGAAAGCUGAAUUCACCAAAGAUGUUGAAGUCGAUGGCCAGGUUUCAGUUCCAAAUGCUGACCCAAAUGAAGUUAAAUUUGAACUUUCAGUCAACUGUAUAAUCAUUGAUUGUAGUGCCAUGAAUUUCAUUGACACCGUUGGAGUGAAGGUAUUUGAACAGCUAUCAACAGACUAUAGCAAAAUUGGUGUGAAAUUGCUUUAUGCUGGUAUCCGUGAUCCGGUUUAUGCAGUGAUGCAGUUCAUGCAAUUAGCUUCCCUGUUUAUGCCAGUGAGAGCGGCGUUGCCAAACCAGAGGACAGAUUGUUGUAAUAGAAACUCUGUUAUACAUCUUACAAAAUCUAUCUAUCUAUCUAUCUAUCUAUGA